GAGGGCUUUAGUUUAGCUACCAGGAAUGUUAAGGACGUUUGUCGGUAUACAGAUAUAACCAUAGAAUAAUAUUUUACCUUGAUCUUGAAAAGUGGAAAAAGAAGGAGAAUCAUAAAGUCAGUUUGACAUAAAGUCAGAGAGUUUAAUAUUUUUGUAGUAAAAUUGGUAAAAUAAAUUUAUUAUAAAAUGAGUCAUAUAGUAGUGAUACGUAGCUAUAAGCCUGGUGACGAGAUAUACUGCAGAGAAAUAAUUAAGGAUGGUGUUAUGUCCUCUAUGCAUACUGCAUUUUUUGGAAAUGUCUUUAAGGAAAUAACAUUUCAGCUAAUGAUAUUAUUCGCUGCUAUAAUGUUUAUAUUUUUUGGUAUUCCAUUCACUGUGUGCCUUUUAGUAAUACCUGUUGUUAUCAUAUUGACUUAUAUCGGUACAUUUAUGGCACAUACAACAAAAGCCAUGGAGAUUGGCCAAGAAAUAAACAAUAUUCCAAGGGUUUAUAUGUCGAAUGCAUUCUCAGGAUUCUGGGUGGCCGAGGCAUUUGAGCCAUACCUUAUGACUCGUCAUCCACAGGACAUUUAUUAUACAGUGAUGACGGAAGAUCAGUUUCGUAAAUCUAACAUCGACAUCUCUUCACAGGCUAAAAAGAUUGUAGGCACUGUAGCAGUGACAAAAAGUCACAGAUUGGAUAAGGGUGCAUGGAUUAAGAGACUUUGUGUUCAUCAGCAAUAUUGGAGAAAAGGAAUAGCAUCAUGCCUUUUGAAUGUAGCUGUACAGUUUGCAAUUGAUCAAGGUUACAGCUGUGUCAAUUGUGUCGCCUCGGAAUAUACAGAGGGAGGUAGAGAAUUGUGCCUUAAGAAAGGUUUUGAGUUGAAACAAAUGUACCAUAAGCUAAUUGUAGGAUCUCUUGUCACUGUACUUAUGUAUGAGUUAACUUAUCAGAUUAAGCCAGGGGACGAUGAUUAUAUGCCUAAUUCAUACAAGAACUCUUUUUUAUUCCAUUGAUAUGCGAAGAGGUAUAACUUCAGGUAUUGAAUUUUUAGUCUGUCAUUGGUAUACCAAAGGUGACCAUGUAUGUUUCGUUCAACAUGGAAAUAUCUUGCAAUAUUCAUUUAUUUUGCAAUAUACUAUUGCAUUUGUUAUAGACUUUAUUGCAGUUAAGUAUUAUUGACGAGGUAGAAGACUUUUAUGGGAAGAAUUUUACAGUUCUUUCCACCAUUCCACUGUGUUCUUACAAAUAAUAACAAAUUGUAGAAUACAUCAUAUACAUAAUAUUUAGAUACAGAUCUGAUAUUUUUACUAGAAAUAGAAUUCCAGUAUUGAGUCUCUAAGAGAACAUUUCCAAGAGAAACUAAAAACUUUCUCACAACUUUUAUUGUAAUUUAAUAUUGUCAUACAAAGGAUAUAUACACUAAAGGAGAAUAUAUAUUUUCUAUUUGUUCA